CAUUCACUUCAAUUGAAUACUGAACAAUACUCUGGAGCUGGAAAGGUCAGGGAUAAUAUCUGAUACCAAUCUAGAACAGCCAGGCUGAAUGAUCUUUUAUUUAUUAUCCUUAUAGCCACGUCUGUUGUACAUGUAUCCGGGUGAACCCAUGUGAACCAUCACCCUCUUGAAGUCCACAAGUCAAUCAUCUAAGCAAAUCAUUUCAAAAAGUUAGCACAACAGCACCGCACAACAGCACCGCACAUCACCUACAAAAGUCAGCACAAGAAUAUCAGUUGAAAAGCUAACUGUUAGUAACAGCCCUAAGAAUGAGUUACCUUGUAAUCAGUCUCUGCUGGUUUAAAACAAUCUUUUGUUCUAAAGCAGCAUUUAUCAGAUUAAGAACCACCCAUGGAUUGGUCUCUAUAUAAAUAUACUAAAAUGGAAAUCAAGGGCUCAAAGGCAAUUAUGUUCACAUGCAAAUUCCUAUUACUGGUCUUCCAAGUUGGAGAGACAUAUACUACCAUAUCCACAAAGAGAUGAAUGCAAGAAAGGUUCUCUUUGUAUUUUGAUGAUGAUUUAAAACCAUAAGUCAAAAGAGUUUAAUCUAUUUUUGUGCUAAGUGUGCAGGAAAAUUAAUCCAAGGUUUCUAAUCUUUCCCCACGAUUAGAAUUAACUCAUGUUCUCCUUGUUCAGAGUUCUGGGUUCGAACCAAUUUAUUUUGGUUCGAAUCAAUCCCGAACUUUUGUUUUCCGAAAAUGAUCUCAAAUUUUUCUUCUUGAAUCAUGCCGAGGAGGAAGACCUUAGUUCGCAAGAGUAGUAAGAAAGGAACCAGAUCUGAGUCAAUUCCUUCCAUCUCUCCUCGUCGGCUGUCUCCAGACUCUCCAGAGCUUUUUGAGGAUGUUUCGAUGGAACCUAUUACAGGUAUCUAUCUCAGGGACCCAAUAUCUGUUGAAGCUUUUACCAAAAUUUAUGCCAAGAAAAAAAUUUUAUCUGGACACUGUAUUUCUCCUGUCAUCUUGAAUGAUCAAAGCCUUAGGAUUAAGAGCUGGUUAGAGGGUAUGGGUUGGCUAGAAUUUGCUACCCUAAAUUGCAGAUCUUAUCCUAGGUUAGUUAAGGAGUUUUAUACAAACUAUAGAUAUUCUGAUUCCUCUGAUUCCACCUCUUAUGUCCGAGGUAAACACGUGGUUUUUAAGGCUGCUCAUAUCAAUGAAUUAUUUAAUCUUCCACAUGAUGAAAUCAGCCUGAGUUUUGACAAAUCCAAAAUGCCUGUAACUAAGAAAAUCGUGUUUGGAAACUCUGUCAGUCCUACUGACAAAAUUCAUCUUCAUCACUUUAGUGCUGACACCAGGCUAUUGUUGUGGUUUGUGACAAAAAUUCUCUGUCCUCGACAAGGUUCACAUGGUCGUUUUACCAAAGAGAAUCUUUAUAUGAUGGGUCUGAUUAUGCAAGGCAAUAAACUUAACUUGGGGGCACUAAUUAUUAGCCACAUGAGAAAGGCAAUGAAUUCUAGUGAAGAAUAUUUGCCUUAUGGUCACCUUCUUACCAACUUCUUUGAAAAAUGGGGAAUUGAUCUUUCCAAGGAACAAUCUGAAGAAAUCUCUGAAGAUGAAACUCUGACUGAAACUGCACUAAAAAGAAUGAAAUUUGAAAAGCAAGACGGUACUUGGGUAAGGAUUGGUGAUUCACCAGAAGUUGAAGGUUCGCUGGGAAAAGUCUUAGCCAACAUUGAUCUCUUGAGUAUCCAAAUUGAAGCUGAACUCAGCUCUAAAUUUGCUGCCUUUGAAGCUAAAAUGACUAAUCACUUUUCCAUGCUUGAAUCCUCCCUGAACAACAAGCUGAAUCAACUGGAAAAAUCUGUGGCCGCAUUGACUAAAUCCAACAAGAGGAAAUGUCCAUCAUAGUCACCUAGAUGCCAUGCUUUGUGCUUAUUUUGAUUUAUUAUGUUUAUCAUAAUUUCAGUAUUUUGUACUCUUAUAAUUUCUGACUUUUGCGUACUGCUAUUUGUGUUUUUGAACUCUAUGCUAUGCUUUGUGUUACUGUGCACAUUUCUUUUUGCUAAUGACAAAAAGGGGGAGAGGAACUUAAAGAUGAAACUUAUCUUUAUUUGUGCGUGCAAAUCCUGUUGAAUCUUGGAAUCAUAUGUUGAGGGGGAGCUUACACUUAUUAUCUUUAUUUGUGCAAAUCCUGUUAAAUCCUGGAAGCAUAUUUUGAGGGGGAGCUUACACUUAUUAUCUUUAUUAUUUUAAGGCAUGGUUUUGUCAUCAUCAAAAAGGGGGAGAUUGUUAGGUUCUCUUUGUAUUUUGAUGAUGAUUUAAAACCAUAAGUCAAAAGAGUUUAAUCUAUUUUUGUGCUAAGUGUGCAAGAAAAUUAAUCCAAGGUUUCUAAUCUUUCCCCACGAUUAGAAUUAACUCAUGUUCUCCUUGUUCAGAGUUCUGGGUUCGAACCAAUUUAUUUUGGUUCGAAUCAAUCCCGAACUUUUGUUUUCCGAAAAUGGUUCGAACCAUCAUUUCUGGCUUCGAAGCAAAAAAUUCUGAAAGGGUAAAAUUUUGACAGCUCAACUAUCCGUUUAUUUUUAAUGGCCUUGGGAGAACCAAUUGUCUGAGUAUUUUCUAAAGUCAAGUCAAAAACAAUAAAGUAAGGUGGAAUCCUAUUGGAGCAUAUAUGAGGUGGCUUUGAAGGGCUAAAUGGGCAAUUAAUGGCAAGGCUCCAAAAUCCCCUAUUAUAAUCAAAAAUUCAGAUCUGG